AUGAGUUUCGGGCGACCACCAGGCUUUACAACUUUUUCUGCAGCCCCGCCAGAUCGUGGAAGCUUCCCUCUUGAUCAUGAUGGUGAAUGUACUCUGUUCAUGAAAGAAUACCUGAGCUGCCUCAAGGAAAACCAAAACAACAAUGGCAAAUGUAGACAUUUAUCUAAGCGAUAUCUCAAAUGUCGUAUGGAAAAGGGUCUUAUGGGUAAUGAUAGUUUCAAGAACUUGGGCUUCCAAGAU